AGGCCCCGAGCGUGUCUUUUGCUGGUGGAUCCCUUGUACUUGUGGGAGGGGGAAAGCAGCUUAUCCAACCAGAACUUGUUUUUCUUUUUUUUUUUCCCCCCUACCAGGAUGUAAGUCCACCACAAAGGAACUGAAGUUCAAAUAAGGCUGCUUUAGCCUUGCAUGAAACGAUGGAUUCAAAACUUUAGAACUGGAAUGCUGAGGUCUCCUCUUUCACUAAAAGAAAGUCUUGCUGUACCUCCACACUUACACUGUGGGGAUGUGCGGCUUAGACUAAGUAGCCAAGCUGUGAAAAGUCUUAAAAAAGAAAAAGAGAAAAAAAGAAAGGAAAUAAUUUUGUAGAACAUCUAGUUAUUUACUUUUCUAAUUACAGUACAUCAUACGGAGCUUUUCAGCUGUAGAUUUUAGGUCACAUUCACUGAAGAGAGAUUCUUCUGAUACAAUCAACAAAGUGAGAUGUCACAACUCCUAUGGACCAGCUGUUCAGUUAACCUUUGAUGAAAGCACGCUAAGGACUGAAGAAAAGCCAGAGGAGACAGGAUUUUAAAAGUUCUUUGUAGAAGAAAAUUUGUCCAGAAAUAAAGGAACAUGAUGACAGCAAGAUUCAUCUGUUUAAUGUUAAUAGCUGUUCUGGGAGCUACUGCAAGCAAAACACAGGAAUUUGAAAGCAAUGAUGAGGAAACAGAGCAAGAAUUCAUUUAUACCAACAGGUACAAGCGUUCCAGCGACACACAGGACAAGUGCACUUACACCUUUAUUGUACCUCAACAGAGAGUGACAGGUGCCAUUUGUGUUAAUUCGAAGGAACCUGAGGUUCUACUUGAAAACAGGGUAAAUAAACAAGAAUUACAGUUACUUAACAAUGAACUUCUUAAACAAAAGAGACAAAUAGAAACUCUCCAGCAAUUGGUAGAAGUGGAUGGUGGGAUUGUUAAUGAGGUUAAACUUUUACGAAAAGAAAGCAGAAAUAUGAACUCUCGUGUCACACAACUCUAUAUGCAACUACUACAUGAAAUUAUCCGAAAACGGGACAAUGCCUUAGAACUUUCCCAACUUGAGAAUAAGAUUUUGAACCAAACUGCAGAUAUGUUGCAGCUUGCAAACAAAUACAAAGAUUUAGAGCACAAAUACCAACAUUUGAUGUCAAUUGCCAAUAAUCAGUCAAUAAUAAUAGCCCAACUGGAAGAACACUGUCAAAGAAUGCCAUCCAUAAAGCCAUUGCCACAGACUCCACAGCCACCAAACAAAGUGUACCAGCCUCCUACUUACAAUCGCAUUAUUAACCAGAUAUCUACUAAUGAGAUUCAGAGUGACCAGAACUUAAAGGUUCUGCCACCUACCUUACCAACCAUGCCUGCAGUCACUAGCAUUCCAACAUCAACUGAUAAGCCAUCCGGUCCCUGGAGAGACUGUCUACAGGCAUUAGAAGAUGGCCAUGAUACAAGCUCCAUCUAUCUUGUAAAACCAGAAAACACAAACCGACUUAUGCAGGUCUGGUGUGAUCAACGGCAUGACCCUGGUGGCUGGACAGUCAUUCAGAGACGGCUGGAUGGGUCUGUCAACUUUUUCAGGAACUGGGAGACAUACAAGCAAGGAUUUGGUAAUAUAGAUGGAGAAUAUUGGCUUGGUUUAGAAAAUAUUUAUUGGUUAACAAAUCAAGGCAACUAUAAACUCCUUAUAACAAUGGAAGACUGGUCAGGUCGAAAAGUAUUUGCUGAGUAUGCUAGCUUCAGACUGGAGCCAGAAAGUGAAUAUUACAAGUUGAGACUGGGACGCUACAAUGGCAAUGCUGGAGACUCUUUCACUUGGCACAAUGGGAAACAGUUCACCACGCUGGACCGGGACCAUGACGUAUACACAGGUAACUGUGCUCAUUACCAGAAGGGAGGAUGGUGGUACAAUGCAUGUGCUCAUUCAAAUCUCAAUGGAGUCUGGUAUCGAGGAGGACACUACCGCAGUCGGUAUCAGGAUGGUGUUUACUGGGCUGAAUUCCGGGGGGGAUCAUAUUCACUAAAGAAAGUUGUUAUGAUGAUAAGACCUAACCCCAACACAUUCCACUGAAAUUCUUCUUCUAUUGGUUUGUUUUCCUGAUUGUUUGUUUGUUUGUUUGUUUUUAAAGAAGCAUGUAAAGCUAUACUGUUAUUAUCUGAAAUUAUCUUUUCAGAAACAAGGUAUGUAAGAUAUUGUACAUUUAUUGCUAAGAUAUGAGGGCUUGUAUAUUGUAUUUUGAGGAAUCAUUCCAGGGAAAAAAAAAAAAAAAAAAGAAUUCAAAUGACAUAACAUUCAAAAUGUCUCUUUGUACUGAAGGCAAAUAUUAAGCCUUUUAGAACUGGCAGUUGAGAUGGACUGUAGAUAAACUUUCUGGUUUUUAUUCCCUGUAAAUUAAGUUAGAUGGUAAAAAUACUACCACAACAUUUAAAUAUUUUUGUAUGUUAUGAUAUGUAUAAAUAUUCUCAAAUAUAGGAGAUAUUACGAACUGUACAGCAAGAGUUUUAUUAUUAUUAUUAGCAAUCCUUUGACACAGGAAAUCAUAUCCUUUGGACUACGUAGCUGGUAUAUGUACAUUGGUGAGAUUAUUCUAAUUUAAUCUUUGUUAACUGCCAUUAAUAAAGUUAGCACUAUCUGCUGACAAACUUAAACUAUAUACUCAAACUAUUAUUGUCAUGAUAAAUUCAAACUGUCCCCUUCACUUUGAGCCUUUUAAUACAUCUGCUCCUGUCAUUUACUAUUCAAUUUUGAUUCAAAUAUUUUAGAUUAAAAACUCGAGUCAUUUUUCACAUCAAAAUGAAGUGGCAACUUAUAUACGGAAAUUGACUCAGAUUUACAAUGGCUAUAGCAUGUUGCAGAGCCAACAUGUUAUACUGAACAACAGAUGUCACAUUAUUUUGUACCUGACUUCAGCCAUUACCUGCUAUGUAGCCUCUGUAGUCAGAAUGGCUGGAUACAAAUUAAAGGGACUAUCCAACUUUGCAGGCAAAUGAUGGAUACCAGUAUAUAAUCUAUUUAAUCCCCUUAGCGAGUAGAUGAAAAUUAUAUAAAGAAGUUAUCUGUAGUCAAGAGCAAUUAUUUACCAUAUUUCACAAUUAUAACAUAUUAUUGUUUGUCAAUUUCUUAAACAGAUUUACUCAUCUAUAUUUAGAGGUCAGUAACAACUAUGAAAUACUGAGUAGGACAGUUCUAAUAUUCUGCGGAGGUCAGUUUAUAGAACAGAUUGUUGUAAUGCCCAUUUCAAAACAGAAAUUACCACAAAAAACGUAAGUUAGAGAACGCAUAUAUGAGUGAAAGCAAAAACCCCUAGCGGUUCAAUGUAUUUUUCAGUAAGCCUGUGAGAUUGAGUGUGUGCGCACGUGUGUGUGCGCGUGUGUGUACUCAUGCACGCUUUUUCCCUUUUUACCUCAUCACUUCUUUACAAACGUAUGAUGUGCAUUAAAGUGAUGUCUGAUGUAGCAUGUGUUGUAUAUAACUGAAAGUAGGGUUUUUAAUAUAUUAUUAGAUUAUUCCUGUAACAUUGCAUUCCUUUAAUAAAGCAACGUUAUUUUGACAUA